AUGCAACAAUUAGUGCGCUACUUUGUGAGCCUUUUGCUGCCUGCGCUCGUACUAUCGCACGAUAAUUCGUAUCGUUUACCCAAUGCACUCAAGCCGCUGCACUAUGAUCUACGUAUAUUAACCCGUCUGAAUGGAGCCCACAAUCUGAGUUUCGAGGGCUAUGUGAAGAUCGAUUUCAAAGUGCUGCAUCGCACAAGAGCUAUAACACUGCAUGCCAAGGAGUUGACUUUAGAUGAAGCACACAUCACUUUGUCACCAUCGCCAAAUGGCAGUGGAAGUUACAGCAUAAGCCGCAUUGAGCGAAAUAACACUCGUGAGUUGUACACUAUGCAUCUGGCUGGGGAAUUGCAGAUCGAUGAGCAGUACACAUUGAGCAUACCCUUCAGUGCUCCGUUAAAUGCCAAUAAUGUGGGCUACUACUCGAGCUCCUUUAGCGACGCAAGGACGAACCAAACACACUACUUGGCGGCAACUCAAUUUUCCCCAACUUUCGCACGACUUGCCUUUCCUUGCUUUGAUGAGCCGCAUCUGAGAGCCACUUUUCGAAUUACUCUGGGCUAUCAUAAGAACUAUACAGGACUAAGUAAUACGCCCGUCAGUAAAUGUGUGGAUCAUGAAACACUUGAGCAUUAUGUGUGGUGCGAGCAUGAACCACUGCUCAGCACCUCCACCUAUCUUGUGGCUUAUGCCGUGCACAAUCUAACCAGCGUGCCAGUCCUGCAGAGCGAGACUCACAACAACGUCUCAUUUCGCAGCUGGAUGCCACCAAAUGCUCUUAAAGAUAGCAGUUUCAGUGUGCAUUUUGCACCGAAAGUAUUAAGCUAUUUGGAGAAACUCUUUCAGUUCGCAUUUCCCUUGGGGAAGGUUGAUCAGCUGGCCUUGCCAACGCACAAAUUUAGUGCCAUGGAAAACUGGGGCCUGGUCACGUUCAAGGAGACAAGAUUUGCCCACUACGCUGAGGAGACAACGCAAAAUAAAGAGAGCAAGGCUAGAACCAUGGCACAUGAAUAUGCUCAUCAAUGGUUUGGUAAUUUGGUGGCCUUAAAUUGGUGGAACGAUCUUUGGCUAAAAGAGGGUCCCUCCACGUACUUCGGUUACUUGACCCUCGAUGCUCUUAUGCCUGAAUGGGGCAGCCUGCAGCGCGGAAUAGCUAACGAUUUGGAUACAUUCUUCUAUAAGGAUAUGUUUAACGAUACAAUUGCUAUCUCACAGGAUGUACAGGAUGCCAACAGCAUACUGAACCAGUUCUCUUCACAUGUGUACGAAAAGGGAUCACUAACGAUGCGCAUGCUGCACAAAUUGCUGGGCGAUGAGGUCUUCUAUAUUGGUAUACGGAGCUACUUAAAGAGGCAUGCAUAUGGCAGUGUUAAGCAGGCGGAUCUCUGGCAGGCCCUGCAAGAGGCGGCGGACUUAAAGAGCCCCUCAGCAUCGGACAUUCGUUGGGCCACCGUUAUGGACAGCUGGACAUUGCAAAAGGGUUAUCCGCUUCUGACUGUGCUUAGGAAUUAUAGCUCAAAUACUGUCUGGCUGAAUCAAACUCGGUUCAAGCUUGCAGCUGACAGCGUGGAGCACAGCUGCUGGUGGAUCCCGCUUACGUUUGUCAAUCAACGCCAACUGAACUUUAACGAAACUCAGCCCCAGUCUUGGCUUGAGUGUCCAAGUAGUGGGAAAACGUUGCGGCUAACCAAUGAUUCCUCCCCUAAAGAGUGGAUCAUGCUGAAUCCCCAAGUGAAUAGCCUUUUUCGUGUCAACUACGAUGAGCGCAAUUGGCGAAUGAUUAUCAAAACACUCAAUUCUGAUCAGUAUGACUCUAUUCAUAUUCUUAACCGAGCCCAGUUGCUGGACGAUCUCUUAAUGCUGUCCUCCAACCGAGAGCAGAGCUAUGACCUGGCCUUCGCUAUGCUGGAGUAUUUGCCGCGCGAGUCUGAACCUUUGCCCUGGAACAGAGUCCUUGGUGUGCUCAACAAUCGUGGGGUGCUGCUGAGAGGCGAACAAGAAAGAAUCUUUCGAAUCUUCAUGAGAAAGCUAGUGACACCACUCUUCGUCCGUGCUCCUCAGCUGAGCUCUGUGGAGUUAAUAACCAAGUCAAGUCCAUUAAUUGCCCUCUACCGCUUGGCCUAUAGGGAGUCCUGUCGUUAUGAUGUGGCCGAGUGCAUUAGUCGGGCUGACCGCUUCAGACACGAUGACGAGCUAUAUCUACGUAGCAUGCAGGUGCCUGUCGACUAUCGAGGCAUUGUGGAUUGUACGAACAUUGAACAGGGCAACAAUAAGCUCUUUCAGUCGAUAUUCGAACAAUUUCAAAACACGAAUGAUGAUCCUAAAAAGAGUGCCUGGGCCACAGCCCUUGGCUGUAGUCGAGAUUUUGGUCAGUUGAAACCGUUUUUGGACUACUUAAUGCAGGCAACUGAUAAGCUCGCCUACGAUUAUUAUGUGCAAACUGUAACAUCGGCUCUGGAACGCAAGCAUAUAGCAACACAGAUCGCCGAUUACAUUCUGCAGCAUGCCAAAGCAAUCAACAGCAAAUUCAGUUUGAAGCAAAUUCAAAUCCUGCUCAAUAAGAUAAUCGGCGAUUUAAUCACAGAGCUCGAGGACAAUCAAUUGAGACAGCAAUUGAGAGGCCUUGACAAAUGUGAGGCUCAACUACAGGCAGCACUCGAUAGGCGUGACACUAAUCGCUACUGGCUAACAGAACGUGCCGAGCACUUUAUUAAAGCUUUAACUAAAUAUACUUAA